UCUGUGUGUGUUGACCAGGUAACAGAGGUACGAGGGUUCAAUGACCCACAGAAGGAGGAGUACUUCAGGAAGAGAUUCAGUGACGAGGACCUGGCCAACAGAAUCAUCUCACACGUAAAGACAUCAAGGAGCCUCCACAUCAUGUGCCACAUUCCAGUCUUCUGUUGGAUUUCUGCAACAGUCCUUGAACACAUGCUGCAACAUAAGAGAGAAGAGAUGCCCAAGACUCUGACAGAGAUGUACACACACCUUGUGGUGUUUCAYACCAAACAGAAGAAUGAAAAGUAUCUUGGGAAAGAAGAGACAGGUCCACACUGGAAUAAAGAGAGCAUUCUGUCACUGGGAAAACUGGCUUUUCAACAGCUUGUGAAUGGCAAUCUGAUUUUCUAUGAAGGAGACCUGAAAGACGCUGGCAUUGAUGUCAAUGAAGCCUCAGUCUACUCAGGAUUGUGCACACAGCUCUUUAAAGAGGAAUGUGUGCUGUACCAGGACAAGGUGUACUGCUUUGUUCAUCUGAGCAUUCAGGAGUUUCUGGCUGCUGCAUAUGUGUUCCUCUCAUUCAUYAACAACAAUGAGAAUCUAAUGGACAAACUACAAACAAACGACAAACCCGAAGUUGCUUUCUACAAGAAUGCAGUGGAUAAAGCCUUACAAAGUGAGAUAGGAAACCUGGACCUUUUCCUCCGCUUCCUUCUGGGCCUCUCACUGGAGUCCAAUCAGAAGCACUUGCGAGGUCUGCUGACAAAGACAAGAAGCAGCUCACAGACCCAUGAAGAAACAGUCAAGUACAUCAAGGAGAAGAUCGGGGAGAAUCUCUCUCCAGAGAGGAGCAUCAAUCUGUUCCACUGUCUGAAUGAACUGAAUGACCAUUCUCUAGUGGAGGAGAUCCAAAGCUACCUGAGCUCAGGAAGUCUCUCAAAACCCAACCUGUCACCUGCACAGUGGUCAGCUCUGGUCUUUGUGUUGCUAACUUCAGAAAAGGAGCUGGAUGUGUUUGACCUGAAGAAAUACUCCAGAUCAGAGGAAGGUCUUCUGAGGCUGCUGCCAGUGGUCAAAGCCUCCAGAGCU